UGGCGCUGUUUCCGGAUGUGUUCCGAUUGUGCCCCGCACAAUGAUGGCGCCCGGACCGAGUCUCCGCCACGUCUGCGUUACUAUUUCCGCUGCGGAGCGGAAGUUGAGCGGGAUCCUCUUGCAGGAGACAUGUCUGGGGAUACGGUGGGACUGACCCUGAUGCACGGUAGUUCAAAACACAAGAUUGAAAUUUCAGCGGUACAGGAAGGAUGUGAACCUACAUUACAAGACAUGGCAACUGUUAUUGCUCAAGUUACUGGAGUACCCCAGCAACUUCAGAAACUAAUUUUCAAAGGUAAAUCUCUCAAAGAAAUGGAACAGCCUUUGUCUGUUCUUGGUGUUAAAAAUGGCUGUAAAAUAAUGAUGAUCGGCAAAAAGAACAGUCCUGAAGAGGAAGCUGAAUUAAAGAAGUUAAAGGAGCUGGAAAAAUCCACAGACCAGCUCUCCCACAAACUGGAAGAAAUUAAUGCAGAGCUGACAGGCAUUCAGAAUGGGUUCCUUGCCCAAGAUCUUCAAUCAGCCGCAUUAAGCAAAUUAGAGAAGAAAGUGAAGAGCACAUCGGAACAGUGUAUGAAGUUUCUUGAACAGAUUGAUGCUAUGAGUUUGCCUGAUGACUUUAGUGACUGCAGACAUAAGAGAAAAAGUCUUGUAAAGAAUGUACAGAAUUACUUGGCUCAGUGUGAUGUCAUUGAAACAAAUAUCUCACAGCAACUAGAGAAGCUUCAAUCAAAGAAUCUCACUCUUGCUGACUGAUUUUACAGAAAAUAACAAAGGAGUAUGAUAGUCAUUUGUACCAAUCAUCUUCAGCAACAACCUAUUGAAAUGCCACUAAUGCUGAUGACACCAUCCCCUAAAAAGCUAACUGAAAGGUGAGCUGCAAUCAAAAUUACAGAUCAUUACAGACAGUGUAAUGAAAAGAAGUACACAUGGAGCAUUCUCUUCAAAGAAAGAACACAUUUAUAAAACCACUGAAUGAGAUCAACUGAAAACUAUCUAUAUAAUUUUGCUAUGGAAUACAAACCCAAUACUUUUAUUAGCCUAUUAAAUUUGGUAAUUAAAGUAGCGAUUCAAGCUGAUGUAAAUGAAUAGCAACACCAGUUGCAAAUGCUGGUGUAAGAAUGACACUCCAACAAUUUAAUUCUAAAUCAAGGAUGAAAUGCUCCAGCAUUGUUAAAGAGAGAAAACCCAUCUCCUGAACACCUAUAGACCUAAUCAAACUAUUGCCAUCCAGAUCAGUGCAUUUGAUAAGCAAAGGUUACUCAUAAACACUUGAGUUUUUAGUAGUUACAAAUGAAGGAGUUCCUAACAUUUAAACCUGCAUCCAUGUUCUACCAAGGCUGUAGUGUAAUUCUUGUUGCACCUCAGCACAAUGGCAUAAAUAGCCAAAUAAUGUGAUCAGCUGGAACAUUGUAUCUUGGAUUCAGAAAAUGACACACAGACCACCACAAUUGAUGGAAUACAUUAAGCUAAUAGAAGCUUGCUAUAUUUCUGUUUUUUUCCCAGUAAAACUCCUAUCAAUCAUUUAGGACAAGACCGUGUCAUUUUUUUCUCUGUUCUCUCCACUUGUACCCUGCUGCCAUUUUACAUACACUUCUACAGUGUUCUGCUAUACUCUGACUGUGAAAUAAAUAUUUCUCUGAAGGACAACAGCUUCAUUAAUUAAAUGUUCUCACCUUCGGAAUACCUCUUCGCGCUGAGAGGCAGGGAGCACAUAUCCUUCUUCAUCCAAUUUAAUCUCAACAUCUGAAAAAGUGCAGUGGUUUCAGGUUUUAUUCAGGGGAAAAACAUCUAAGCUUAAUUUUGUUUUAUAGAGUUGAUCAAUAUAUUACCAAAAGACAUUGUAAUGCAAUGGUUUAGAGUUGCAUAGCAUUUGGGUAUAUGUUGCCAAGCUCCCACACAAUUAUCAAAGGAGCUGAGGCUAAAAGCUGUCCCAAACAAGUUUUUUUGGGGGAGGGGCUAAUCUUGACAUUCUUAUAAUACUCUAAACUGUGUAAGUAUGGUUGCAGAAUAUGUUAAAAAAAAAAGAUAGGGAGAAAACGUCUAUCAGUUGAAAAGUCAAUAUUACACAUGUUAUAUAUUAAUAAUGAAAAAAAUUUAGUUCAUUGCAAAACAAAAUUCAGAAAAGAAAGAAAGCUGACCUUUGGGAUUCCUAUUUUAUUCUGAUAUGCACCCAAAAAUAUUCCUUUCUCACCACUUUAGUUUCAAAACUAAAUUAUUAUUCAAGAUGCCAUUUAGACAAAGACAGGGUAACAGACAUUUCUCAAAUAUUUUUGUAUGCUGUCUCCUUUAUAAUUGCUGGAUAUAUAGAAAAUCAUACUGCACAAACAUACCAUUAAUAGUCAAUGAUGUACAUCCAGAUCACAUUAAAAAUUAAUGAGUGCUUAUACCUAAUGUAUAGCCAUAUGGUGUCAGCAAACGGGAGGCAAAGUAAUUCCUUGCUCCGAGAAGAUCAAUCAGGGCAUUCUUAACUUUGUUGUAGAGAUGAUCAUCCACAAGGCUUUCCACUGAACGCCCUGGUGUAAUGAAAGAUUUCACUCGAUACUUUGAAGGAAGGCUGGGACCCUGUUGAGAAAAAUAUUUUUUUAUGUCAAAGGUGUGCCUGUUUCAUACAUUAAGUUUCGGGUUACAUAAACUGAGGACUAUCUAAUUCCCAGGACACAAUCGCUUUGUGUUAUCAAUUUGGAAAGAAAGGCGUAAAUUAUAAAUUAUCUACAUUCCAAAGUGCUUCACAGCCAAUUUGGUACUUGAUAUGGAUUUUCUGAAAUGUAGAUGGGAGUUACUUAUUGAAACCCAGCAGAAUCCCCAUUAUAUCAGCCCAUCAAGAUACUGCCUGUGAAUUUGAAGAUUCUGUUGGACAAUCCCCCUAUGUUUGGAAUCCAUGGAAGAUAUAAAUUUUAAUCACAAAAUUAAGAUGGUUCUGCUGAAGUUAAGUAAAUAGACAGGAAAAGUUAGGGCUAUUAAAUGUCUUGUUUAACUAAAGCCACAACUUACUUCAUACACUCAAAUAUACAUCUCCUAAAUCCAGUACCAUCCCAGACCAUGACCUGACACCCCCUAACUGCUCUGGACACCUUCUUCAGAUUCAAAAAUAGCUCCCCACCAAUUAAAUCAGCAAUCUCCCUCCCCCCUCACACCCAUACCGACAUACUGUAAACACUCAAUUACUAACCCUACCUACCGGGCACCCUAACUCCACACUUACCUUACAUACUCGCCCUUUGACAGCAGCCAUGAAAAAGUGUGUGGUGCUGGACCUUUAAGUUACAGAACUCGGCAACAGUCUUCUGUGAGAAAAGCAGGGUGGUUUGCCUUUCUCUGACUGUUUUAUGCUACAUGGGAUGUGUGAGAACAGAAAUUCAGCACAGCAUUUCUGAAGAAGACCUAACUGGCAUCUACUCUCUGAAAUCCUAAGCUUUUUCAUUUUGUAAAAUUAGGAGUGGAGUGACAAUAUGUUCGAGAUUACCACUCCUCAGAAAGUCUGGCCCACAGUCAUUGUUCUAACAAAGGAAAUGCAAUAACUAAUUUACACACAGCAAGGUCCCACAAAUAUUAACAAGUAAUAAAGACCUGAGUUUUCUGUUGUUUCAAGAUGCUUAAUGGUUAGAACAUAGGGGACAAUUUCCUUGCUUCUCUUUGAAACAAGGAGACACUGCCUGAAAUUUUUACAUCCACCUGAAAAGGCAGAUGGGACCUCGUGGAGUAUUCUGUGUAGUUCUGAUCAUAUUAUCUGAAAAGAACAUAGAGGCAUGGGAGGAGGUGCAGAAAACACUUGAAAGUAAUAUUUUAGAUGUGAGAUAACAGCUUGGGGAAAGGGUAAACAUUGAUUUUUUUUCUCUCCUGAAAAGUUACAGCUGAGGGACAACUUAAUAGUUUUUUUAAAAAAAUCAGGGUUUUCUAGAUUAGGUAUAGACACAAUGUUUUCACUUUUGAGGAAGAACUAAAACUAGAGACCAUCGAUACUAAAUAAAGUUACCAAAAAGUCAAAUGCGGAAUUCAAAAGAAACAUUGUUACCCAGAAAUUGUUGGGAAUAUAGAACUUGAUCCUCCAGGGAAGCAAAGAAUAUCGUUGCACUCAGAAUUGAGCUAACAAGUGGCAAGUACCAGGCAAUAACCAUCUCCAGUGAAGGAAUCUAACCAUUGCUCCUGAUGUUCAAUUGCAUGACCAUUCUUAAAUCCCCACUUUCACAGUUGACCUCCUGGCUUCUCAAUACUUGUCAACAAUCUAAAAGGCAUAAGUUAGGAGUAUGAUGGAACACUCUCCACUUGCCUGGAUGGUGCAUUUCCAACAACACUCAACAACCUUCACACCAUCCAGGAUAAAGCAGCCUGCUUAAUUGGCACCCUACCCACCAUCUUUAACAUUAACUCCUUUCACCAUUGACAAAGUGCACUACAGGUACUUGCAGGUUUCCUCCAAACCCAUACAAUCUCGACUUGGAAUGCUAUUCCUCACAAGCAGUAAUUGUUUAAUGCAACUGAGAAAGAUUUUAGAGGAGGCUAGCUGUUUCAUAAAAGCUGAUAUUGAGCUAGCAAUUAGAUGCUUAGGAGCACUGUUGGGACAAGAGAUUGAACUACAAAGACAUCAGUAAUCAUUUAGACAGUCCAAGUCCAAGAGAAGCUUUAAGGACAUUCUAAGGUUAGACUUUUGAAAGUCAAGAAUUGGAAUUCCUUGCAAAAGAGACAGAGUUUUAGUGGGAUUUAGUGAUCCACAGUUCACUAACAUCUGAGCUGGAUUUAUCUUAACUGCAUUGGCCAUUCAAAGUCUAGUCUGUGGGAUAUUUGAACACAAUUUGUCUGCUAACUCAAACUUACCUUAUGUUAAUCCUGAAUAAUAAAGUUUAAGUUGUAUAUACCGAUAUAUUGUUUAGAACCAUCAAUUUACCAGUUUAUUAUACUUAUUUAAUCAUUAUUGUUUGUGUUGGUUUUGGUUAAAUUAUAUAAUAAAGAUUUUAUUUGUCACAUCAAUUCAA